AUGUUAUUAAUUGAUAUCUUAUUGUUGAUUCACUAUGUUAUUGCUGAAAAAUAUGAUUGUAUUCCACUUGGUUCAAGCUCUGAUAGUGGAUUUUUAUCUCAGACUGGAAAAACAUCAAGAGAUUGUGAGGACUUAUCAAAGACAAAUGAUUAUUCAUAUUACCUUAAUCACAGUUAUACUUUUUUAGGACCUGACAUAGUUUGUAAAAAAUUAACUUUUGAUGGUAGUAAUAGUAAUUUGGAGAUACAAAGUACAAUGGACGCUUGGUUAAAUGUGUCUGUAGUAGAGUUUUUAGAAAACUCUCAAGUUAAAUUUGAUGGUAAAUUACAUUCAAACAACGAAUUUGUUUUUGGAACCAAUUCAAAGGUGACGUGGUCUGGUUGUCUUUCACUUAACUAUCAAGUAAUUUUUAAAACUGUUCCAGAACUAAAUCAUCUUCAGUUGAUUGUUUGGAACUCAGACUUCAUUUUCCUUUCUAAAGGAGCGCUGCUUGAAACACAAACAUUCAGAAUCAAGAAUCCUAGUGGUAAUAAUAAAUGUUUUGAUAUAAUGUCAUUUAAUAAUCCUAAUUCAUUAAGCCCAAGUCAGGUUAGUGAUAAGCACUAUUUACUAGGAGAUUUUAAAGAUGGACUUAAUAUGCCAGAGGGUAAGGCAUAUUUAUUAUCAAACAAUAAAUUAAUAAGAUUUUGUCCAACUGGAACUGAAUUAGAUAGAACUGUUGUUUGUACAAUUAAUGGUUUUCAAUACACUCAACCAUCUUACAGUGAUCCACCAUUUGAUUAUCCACAUUGUCCAUGUGAUGAGUCUAAUGGUAAAACUAAAUGUAUUCUCAAUUUUCAAUCAAAUAUUGAUUCAAUUAACUUUAACAUGGUAGGGAUUGAACAUACAACCAUUCAUGUUGAACAUGAUAUUACAUUAUUUAACCUUGCUUUUGCAGAGCAAAUUAAUGUUAAUGAUGAUGUUAAAUUAGUAAUAGCAUCUGUUUCAUUAAUCGAAAAGUAUAGUCAAAAGAUACAACUUAAUAACUUUGAAAUUACAAAUAACAGAGAAAAGGGUGUUAGGGCACAAUUCAAAUACAAUUCAACAACAAAUACAUUGGAAAUAAAUGGAAAUAAUGAACUAAAACAUUCAUUAAAUCAAUCAAAUAAACCAUUAACUUUAAUUAUAAAUGGUACUCUCACAUGUAAUUCUUUUGUUAAUAAUUCUGUUUAUUAUUUCACUAAUUCUUCUUCAUCAACACCAUUAAUAAAUAUUAAUAAUAAUGGUAAUAAUAAUAUAAUGAUAUUUGAUGAAACAGUAAGAUUAAAUGGUCAAUUAUCAAAUUGUAUUGUUUUAACUGGUAAAUCAAAUGAAAAAUUUAAAUGUAUUCAAUGUAAAAAAGGAUAUUAUUUAAAUUCAAAUAAAGAAUGUCAAAUUGGUUCACAUUGUAAUAAAACAAAUGAACAAAAUCAUUGUAUUGAAUGUGAACAUGGAUAUUAUCUUAAUUUAAAUACAAAAACAUGUGAAGUACUCAAAAAUGGAUGUAAAAUUGGAAAUGAAACAUAUUGUUAUCAAUGUAAAGAAGGAUUUAUUAAAGAAAAUGGAGAAUGUAAAGAAAAAGAUAAUAAAUGUAAUAAAUCAGAAAGAAAUUAUUGUUUAAAAUGUUCAAAUGGAUAUAAAAUAGAAAAUAAUCAAUGUAAUGGAGAUAAAGAAGAUCAAUGUUAUUAUGAAGGAAAUAAAUGUGUAUCAUGUUCAAAUGGAUAUACAUUAAACAAUAAAAAAUGUUCAAAUAAAGAAAAGAAUCAAAAUGGAAAGAAUGAAGAAAUAUAUUGUGAAAAUGGAAAAUACAUUAAUAAUAAUAAAUGUAUAGAAUGUUCAAAAUCAGAAAUAUGUCAAACAAAUGAUAUUGAAAUAAAAUGUAAAUAUGAAGAAUAUUUAGAUAAUAAUAAAUGUAUAAAUAAAACAUGUGAAGAAGAUAUGAUAAAAGAUCAAAAUGGAAAAUGUAAUAAUAAUAUUUCAUAUUGUUUAAAUAAAUCAUAUGUUAAUGGAAAAUGUGUUGAAUGUUUAAAUGGAUUAUUACUUAAUUUUAAAGGAGAAUGUAUUAAUACAAAAAUAGAAUAUUGUGAAGAAGAAAAUACAUAUGGAUGUAAAAGAUGUAAAGAAGGAUAUUAUUUAACAAAAGAUAAGAAAUGUUUAAAAUGUGAUGAUAAAUGUGAAACAUGUUAUGGAAUAUCUACAUAUUGUAUGAGUUGUUCUAAUGAUAAAUAUUUAAGAAAUGAUAAAACAUGUCAAUCAAAUGAAGAAUUAAAUGGAACAUGUUUACAAAUAUUAGCAGAUGGAAGUGGAUGUGGAAUAUGUAAGAAUGGAUAUUAUAGAAAUGGGAAAGGAUGUUCAAAAUGUGAAAAAGAAUGUUUAACAUGUAAUCAAAAAGAUAAAUGUAUAAUAUGUGGAGAAGGAUAUUUUAUGAGUUCAACAGGAAUAUGUAAAUUAACAACAACAAUUAAAGGAUGUAAAGGAGAAAUAGAUAAAGAAUAUGGAUGUAGAGAAUGUUUAACAGGAUAUUAUUUAAUAAAUAAAGAAUGUUCAAAAUGUGGAAAACAAUGUAUAACAUGUUUAAAUGAGAAAGAAUGUAAUAAAUGUGAAGAAGAAUAUAUAAUAAUAAAUAAAGAAUGUAUUCAUUAUUCAAAUAUUAAUAAAUGUAAAGAAACAAAAAAUAAUAAAUGUUCAAAAUGUUCAUUUUGGUAUGGAAUCAAUGAAGAAGGAACAAAAUGUAAUAAAGAAAUCGUAUGGUGGAUGAUAAUGAUAAUUAUCAUCAUUAUACUUAUUAUCAUCAUUAUAAUAAUUAUAAUUAUAAUAAUAAUGAUUAAUUACAUUAUAAAACGGAAAGAAAAGAAAGAACAAGAGAAAACAACAACAAUAUUUAAAAUUUCACAAUCAAAUAUCAAAUUCAUAUCACUUGGAGAUGGAAUAAUAACAAAUAAAAAAGAAAUAGAAAUAGGAGAAGGAGAAGAAAUUGAAGUAAAUAAAGAAAUCAGAGAAUUAAUAUGUAUUGGAAAUGAAAAUAAAGAAAAAAAGAAAAUACAAAUAAGUAGUAAAGAAGAAAAUGAAAAAUAUUCAAUUAGAACAAACCCAAAUAUCAUUACAAUUGAAGGAGGAUAUGCAUGUGAAUUUGAAAUAUUCACUAAAAUCAAAUGUACUACUAAAAUUAAAGAACAAAUAAUGAUAAUUAGUAAAACACUUAAUAAAACACAAGAAGAAAUAAUUAAAAGUAUUUCAAUUAAAGGAGAAACACAAAUAUCAACACGACUUGAUCCCGAUGAAAUAAAAGAAGAACAUAAAAUAGGAGAAGGAACAUUUGGAAUUGUAUAUAUAGGAGAAUUUAGAGGGAAUCAAGUAGCAAUUAAGAAAAUGAAACAAAUUGAUAAAGAUGAAAAUAAAAUGAAAGAAUUUGAGAAAGAAGUAAUGAUGUUAGAUAAAUUUCGAAGUGAAUAUAUUAUUCAAUUUUAUGGAGCAGUAUUUAUU